CGGUCUCUUCUCGACCAAACACUAUGGAGCCGACGCGCCGCACCAAGCGCCCCGCCGGGGACGGCGACGACGAUGUGGAGGCGGCCGCCGAAGCACGACGCUACUACGGUGCCGCGCCCUACGACUUCCUCGACGAUGACGAUCUCGAUGGCGUCUCCUCGCAAGGCACCGGCGGCGACAUCGGGUUCCAGGACGAGAGCGACAGCUUCGGGGAGCACGCGGCGCGAGGAGGCACCAAGGAGGAGGCCUGGCUGGGCGCCACCGACGUCGACGGCGAGUCCCCCGGCCCCUCCGCCAUGACGAAGCGCGCGAGGAAGGCCCUGGAGAGGCAGGAGGAGGACGAGCGGAUCCUCGAGGGCGUCGUCGGCUCCCGCGCCGUCUUCGACAUCAAGAAGCGGAUCGCCGGCCUCCUCCAGCCCGGCGAGACGGCCCCGCGCGCGCUGCGGAGGCUCAAGGGAGAUAAACGUGGCGGGGGGAAGGGGAUGGACGAGGCGGCGCGGUGCGCGUUCGACGAGCUGAUGGACGCCUCCGCGGAGCUCGUGCGGCGCGGCGACCUCGACGCGUACACGGACGACCGCGAGGCCUUUGAGCGCGGCGCCUGGGACUACGAGCACGCGCGUUGCCGUCGCCGCCUGGCGCGUGAGGCUCCAGAAGACGACGAAGCUGACCAACAGACCGCCGCCGUGACCCGUGACAGUUACGUCGACAUGUUCGGAGACGACACUGUCGGCGCCGGCUCGAAGACCACGGCGGAAUUGUCAAGUGGACACGCAGCUAAUUCUGAACAGCCUGCAGCGCAGCUUGAUGCUUCGAGUGUGGCGGCGGCGGCGGAGGAAGCCGGCGGCGUCGUGGGCUGGGACUACGUGUACGAUCCGUCGUCGGGCUACUACUACAGCGGCAGCACAGGGUACUACUACUACGACGCCGCGUCCGGGUCCGCGUCCACUGGCACAUGAUUCUCCUACGACGUCGACGACGAGACCAGCAGUACUCACGUCGGAAUGUAGGGGCGCAGUGCUGCAAAUGUUUGGCUGAUCGUGUAGUGAUUUUGACGUUUGCUUUUGGGAACAGUUGAUUUCGAACCUUGAACUCUCGUGGACGAUUACUGUGCUACUGUUGUCUGAGCUCUCUGUCUUG